AUUACAGUUUUUGCCCCUCGAGCAAAUUUUCCGCUUUGUUUGUGCUUUUGUUGUUCUUUUUUAAUCUUCAAUAAAGUGAAUAAACCAUUUCUGGGACACUGCAAACGUAAACGAAUUUUCUUGGUAGAAAAUUCCAAACUGUACACCACGAAAUUGGUAUAGAACGUUUUGUUGAGCGUUUCGUGAUGGAUCCAACUAUUUCGGUAUCUAAGGGUUGCUUCGUCUUUAAAGGAGCUGCAUCUGAAAAAAGCAAAGGUGGAGUUAAACGGAAGCAUAAGCUUGAUAAUGCAGAUGCAUUGAAAAAUCAAAUGACUGGUCAGCCUUUCUACGCAACUUAUGCGGACACAUGGCGCACGUUGGAGAAUCACAUUGAGAAGCUCCAAUCGGAAAGUUAUGCUAAAACUCUAGAAGACGUGGUCGCAUAUGUGCAAAACGAAAGCAGCAGUGAUGGAGGUAUGGACACAUAUGACAUGGAAGAAAUAGUACCAGCUGCAGCACUUUUAACCGGUGUAAACCAACCUGACCACUUGGAACAGUUCGCUACACUAACGCAACGUUUGUUGCAAAAAAUGUCAGCCUCAGUGUGUAUGCUGCAAUCUCGUGAUUGUACCACAUUAAAAUCUGCUAUAGAGAUAAUGGUGUACAAUUUCAUAGAGGCGCCAGAACGACCUGCACAAUCAACGGAAUCGGCAGACGAAGAAGCAGAUUUGCGCGAACGAAAACGUUUGCGCCGCACUCAAUGUAACAUGCGACAGUUGGUACACUGGUACCGGCGCAAAUAUGUAAAACCACAAGUGCAGACAGCAAGAGAAAUUGGCGAUACAGAUGAAGACGAAGAGUUAGAAGAGGAGGAAAGCUUAUCGGGUAAACCAAGUUCAGAGUGUUCCCACGCGUUAGUGGUUAUAUUGCCUGAUUUCGAAUGUUUUAAUACAACAAUACUGCAGGAUUUUAUACUAAUGCUAAGCGCAUACCGUACCCAUUUACCUUUCGUUCUGAUUUUUGGCGUGGCAACUGCUGUUACAGCUAUUCAUAAUGCACUGCCCUACCACGUCACAAGCAAAGUAAAACUCUGCGUAUUCAAGACGCAAACGGCUCCGGUUUGUCUAAAUGAGAUUCUGGAACGCGUCAUACUUUCACCACGAUAUUCCUUCCAUCUCUCAGGCAAGGCUUUCAAGUUUCUCACACACAUCUUCCUUUACUACGACUUUUCCAUUCAUGGCUUCAUUCAAGGCUACAAAUACUGUUUAAUGGAACACUUUUUCCAAGGGAAUGCCUACGCACUUUGCUCCAAUUACUCGUCUUCAUUAAACCAAAUCAAAGCGCUCACACACGCCGAUAUUGAAAGCAUACGUCAUUUACUCUCAUUUCGUCCUUAUGUGGAAAGCAUCAAUGACUGCAAGCGCAUCAUUGCCAUACUCACUGACGAUAACUACUUGAAAAAGAAAUUGCCACAACUACUGCGUGACUGCCAUAUCCACUUUAUGCUACUACGAAUUUUCAUAGAAUUUCUCGCUGUAUUAGUUGGUGAUUUACCUAAAUGCCCGCUGGGUAAGCAGCGUCGUGAACUAUACACUAUCUGCCUGUCUAAAGAAUUACGUGAACUGCCGGAAUUUAAAGAAUGUUGGCAAAUACUUGGCUUCAUGUCGAAAGAUGAAUUUGUUACGAAAAUAUCAAAAGCAAUAUCGGUAACUGAGGAGUAUAUGCGCGCCGAAAUUGCCGGCUUAGAAUUAGCCACUGACUGUAUGACCACCGUCAAUGAAAAACUGCAAGCGGUAAAAGAUCACUUAACUAAAGUUGUAAUGGCGGGUAUGGAAGAGAAAUCGCGGCCUAACGCGACGGUCUCUAAUAUCAUCUCUGGACCGGCUACACCGGAGGUGAAUAAACAAAAAUUUGCCUCACGUCAAGAUCUCAAAGAGCAUUUAUUACAAAUGUCUAAGCAGCAAAACAAAGCAACUUCGGAAUUCACACAGGCUGUGUCACAGAUAUUGCUGCAUAUACAAAAUGAAAUUAUAGUACCUCAUUUGGGGCCACUUACACGUGCGCCACCGUUACAUGAGCUAUUUGUUUUCAGCGAUGUGUCAACAGUGCGCCGUAACAUUAUUGGUGCGCCACGUGCCGCACUCCAUAUGGCACUGAACAAUCCACACUACUAUCUACAGUGUAAAUGUUGCCAAUUGUCCGAGUCUACACAGUUAUUGGCCACCUUACCGGAUUUAUCUGUAGCGUAUAAACUGCAUCUGGAAUGCGGGCGCAUGAUUAAUCUCUUCGAUUGGUUACAAGCGUUCCGAUCGGUUGUGGAUGACGUCGAUAACGAGCAUGAGCAAGUGGACCCCCAAAUUCAAGCUCGUUUCGCGCGUGCUGUAGCCGAACUGCAAUUUUUGGGUUAUAUUAAAAUGUCCAAACGCAAAACGGAUCAUGUUACACGAUUGACGUGGUAGUUAAGGCUAAUUUCAUUUAUUAAACUAAAAUUAAAAUAAGUUUAAAAAUAAAUAAAUUUUAUAAUUUUAA